AUGAUCAUUUCUCUCCUACAAUUCGCCCUUUUCAGCUUGGCGUAUGCCACCCAGGAGGUGCUGCGGCCUGCGACAGACCAAAACAAUGAAUUUCGCAUUGUUCGGAGCAGCCAUUCGCCGGAUCACUCAAUCCGAAUCAAACAGCAAAACGAGUCCAUCUGUGCAGCUGGCUCACCUCAAUACACUGGCUGGCUCGAUGUCGGCCACAAGCAUCUUUUUUUCUGGUACUUUGAGAGCCAGAAUGAUCCGUCCAACGAUCCAUUGACCCUGUGGAUGACCGGAGGCCCCGGUGACUCCAGUAUGAUUGGUCUCUUCCAGGAGGUUGGCCCCUGUCUGGUUAAUGAACAUGGCAAUGGAACCUACCACAACCCAUGGGGCUGGUCCCGCAACUCAUCGCUGCUUUUUGUCGACCAGCCCGUCGAUGUGGGUUUCUCAUACAUCGAUGAGGGGUAUGAGCUGCCACAGGACUCGAAGGAGGCCGCGAUUGACAUGCACCGCUUUCUGCAGCUAUUUGUCUCUGAAGCUUUCCCUCACUUGCAGGAACUUCCUGUCCACCUUUCCGGGGAGUCAUAUGCGACCGCGCUGACCUUCCAGGGUCACUAUAUUCCGUACCUCGGCGCUCAGAUUAUACGGCAGAAUGAGCUUUAUCCCAAAGAGCCACAAGUUCAGCUAAAGUCGUGCCUGGUGGGGAAUGGCUUCAUGUCCCCGCGAGAUACAAUGUUCGGGUAUUGGGAGACGCUCUGCACCACGAAUCCAGGCGUGGAGAAGCCCAUAUUCAACCAGACUCGCUGCGAUAUCAUGGCCUCAAACAUGCCCAGAUGCAUGGACGUCAGUGCAGUGUGUGUCCAGAAUGCGGACCCAGCAUUGUGCAGCGCUGCCUUCUCUGUGUGUUACGAGGGUGUAAUCGGUUUCUAUGAAGAUGAGGCCGGUAAAGGUGGCCGUAACAGGUUUGACAUCACGGCGCCCUGUGAAAUCGACGAGAUGUGCUACAUCCAGGUUGCACGAGUCGAACAAUAUCUAAACUCACCAGCUGUGUGGAAGGCACUGUCUCCCCCAAACCAGAUUACCGAAUACAAAAUGGUCUCAGAGGCCGUCAUUCAAGCGUUCGCAAAGACUUCGGACGGUAUGACGUCCACUUCUGAUUUGGUCACGUUUCUCCUGGCGAACCAGGUCCAUUUCCUGGCUUAUCAGGGUAACCUCGAUCUCGCCUGCAAUACAGCCGGGAAUAUCCGCUGGGCGCAUUCCCUGUCCUGGAAGGGUCAGGGUGAGUUCGUGUCCAAGCCACUACGUCCCUGGCACUCGGUUGUUUCAGCCACUGGUCAGAAUGAGACAGUUGGUACCAUGAAGGAAGUUCGGGUUCGUGUGGGCGAUGCAGAGACUGAGUCGCGGUUUGCACUUGUCACUGUGGAUGGAGCGGGUCAUCUGGUGGGCAUCUACGGUUGA